GACACGCCCCUCUGUCGAGAAACGUAAAUAUGUGAGGAAUGUGAGCGCAGUCUGUUUAGUGACUCUCUCUGGACACACUUUGACCUGAGGAACACCACCAACAACUGAAGAACCAGCUACGAUGCCAAACUGGGGAGGAGGCAACAAGUGUGUGGCGUGCAGUAAGACAGUCUACCACGCGGAGGAAGUGCAGUGUGACGGGAAGUCUUUUCACAAAUGCUGUUUUCUCUGCAUGGUCUGCAGAAAGGGUUUGGACAGCACCACCGUGGCCAUUCAUGGCAGGGAGAUCUACUGCAAGUCCUGCUACGGGAAGAAGUACGGGCCCAAAGGCUACGGCUAUGGCCAGGGAGCAGGAACCCUCAACAUGGACCGAGGAGAGCGACUGGGCAUCAAGCAUGAACAGACUCCUUCUCACAAGCCCACCACCAACCCAAAUCCGUCCAAAUAUGCUCAGAAGUUUGGGGGAACAGAGAAAUGCGCUCGCUGCGGAGACUCUGUAUACGCCGCAGAGAAGAUCAUGGGUGCAGGCAAGCCUUGGCACAAGAACUGUUUCCGCUGCGCAAAAUGUGGCAAGAGCCUGGAGUCGACCACAGUGACGGAGAAGGAAGGAGAGAUCUACUGCAAAGCUUGUUACGCCAAGAACUUUGGGCCUAAAGGAUUCGGAUUCGGUCAAGGGGCUGGUGCCCUGGUUCACGCCCAGUGACCAACACCGUCUUUACGCUACAGUGUUUUCUUUUAAUCCUUCUGAGAAUAAAAACCAUAGAAAGCCAGUCCACAUUUGACUGUAUU